AUGUUCGCGGAGAUGAACCGCAGGACGCUGGCGUUCCGGGCUGGCGGCCUGGUCACCGCGGCGGCUGCAGCAGCGGCCGGGGGAGCCGCCGGAGGUGGCUCCUCGAACAAUAACAACGGGGGUAACCCGGCCGAGGCCUGGGCCCGGCAAGACCCCGAGCAGCUGAAUGGGCGGGGGGCGGACGAGGAAGUGGAGCUGGAGGGGCUGGAGGCCGAGGAGCUGGAGGCCGCCGCUGAGGGGAAGGAGUUGCUGUUGUUGCCCCCGCCCCAGGACGCAGUCUCCCCUGCGGCCGCCAGCGGCCCCAUGUUCGCCGAGAGGAACCGCAGGACUCUGGCUUUUCGGGGGGGCGGCGGAGGGCUCCUCUCCGGCCCCUCCGCCGCUAACAAUGGCUGCGAGGCCCCUGCCUGGCCGCGGAGGCACUUCAAUGGGCGGGGGCCGGACGAGGAGCUGGAGUUGGAGGGUGCCGAAGGCCUGGAGCCCGAGGGCCUGCUGGAGGGCAAGGAGCUGGUCCAGGACGGGGGCUCCCUGAGCGACAGCAGUGACGACGAAGAGGACGGCGAGGGGGGCAGCCUGGGCGACGGCAGCGGCGCUGAGGGCGGCAGCUGUAGCAGCAGCAGGCGGUCUGGAGGCGAUGGGGGGGACGAGGCGGAGGGCAGCAGCGUGGGCGCGGGGGAGGGGGAGAGCAUCAAGCAUUUCCCGCUAGCGGCCAGGCCCAAGUCCCUGCUGCAGAAGCUGCACGUCUCCUUCCAGGGCUCCUGGCUCAAGGAGUUCCCAUGGCUGCACUACUGCCAGGAGACCGGCCUCAUGUCCUGCGCCUGGUGCACCGCCGCCUCCGCCCCCACCGACAUCAGUAUGGCUGGCGGAGGCGGCGCAGGGGGCCACGACGAGCUCUGCAAGGGCACCCGCAACUACAAACGAGCCCUACUUCUCAGACACCACCUCUCCGCCGAGCACCGCCUCAACGAACCGGUCACUGCAGAGCAGGAGUCAGAAAUACCGUCGGAAUUGACUAAUGAGGGGUACUGCGACUACAACAGUAGGCCAAAUGAGAACUCUUAUUGCUAUCAGCUGCUGCAAGAACUAAAUGAACAGAGGAAGAAAGGCAUUCUUUGUGAUGUCAAUAUUGUGGUGAGUGGGAGGGUCUUCAGAGCUCAUAAGAACAUCCUGGUUGCCGGCAGCCGUUUCUUUAAGACUCUGUACUGCUUUACAAACAAAGAAAGCCGUAACCAAACCACUGUUACCUAUUUAGAUGUUGUUGCUGUUCAAGGUUUUUCUGUCAUAUUGGACUUCUUAUAUUCCGGUAACCUUGUCCUUACAAGCCAAAAUGCCAUUGAAGUGAUGUCAGUGGCCAGCUAUCUUCAAAUGACUGAGGUUGUCCAGUCCUGUCGCAAUUUCAUUAAAGAUGCCUUAAAUAUAAGCAUUAAAUCAGAAGCUCCAGAGGCUGUAGUAGUGGAUUAUAACAGAAGAUCUGUUAGUCGGGAUGGUCUGCCUUCAUCAAGGGAUCAGAAAGUUGCCAGUUUCUGGGCAACACGGAAUCUUACUAACUUGGCAAGCAGUAUAAAAACUGAAAAUGAUGGUUACUGUAUUGAUGAGGGCCAAAUAGAAAACUAUCAAAUGAAUGACUGUAGUUGGGUCCAGGACAGCUCACCUGAAAUGGCUGAAAAUGAAUCUCAAGGAGAAGGAAAAGUGUUUGUGUGGAAUGACAUGGCCUCACAGGGACAAUCAGUUCAAGAACCAGGAAAAGCAAGAAGGAAAAACCAAACUACAAAGAGAUUUAUUUAUAAUAUACCACCUAAUAAUGAAGAGAAUUUAGAAGAUUGCUCAGUGAUGCAGCCGUCAGUCCCAUAUCCAGAAGAUUUGCAGUUUAUUAAGGAAGAACCAGGUACUUCAAAUGACUUCAAGUAUGGAUUGUUGCCGGGUACUUCAAAUGACUUCAAGUAUGGACUGUUGCCGGGUACUUCAAAUGACUUCAAGUAUGGACUGUUGCCGGAAUCUUGGCCAAAAGAAGCUUGGGAAAAUGGUGAUUCAUCUGCUCUAAUCAUGAACAAACUGAAGUGUCCACACUGUAAUUAUGUAGCCAAAUACAGAAGAACACUAAAGAGACACUUGCUCAUUCAUACAGGGGUGAGAUCUUUUAGCUGUGACAUCUGUGGGAAGCUGUUUACUCGAAGAGAGCAUGUAAAAAGACAUUCCUUGGUGCAUAAAAAGGAUAAAAAGUACAAGUGUAUGGUAUGUAAGAAGAUCUUCAUGCUAGCAGCCAGUGUUGGAAUAAGACAUGGAUCUCGACGCUACGGAGUUUGUGUAGACUGUGCAGAUAAAUCUCAACCAGGAGGGCAAGAGGGAGUAGACCAGGUGCAGGACACAGACUUCCCUAGGGAUGAAGAGUAUGAGGAAAAUGAAGUCGGAGAAGUGGAUGAAGAGUUAGUUGAUGAUGUAGAAGAACAGAAUGACCAGUCUCGAUGGGAUGAAUCUGGGGAAGUCUGUAUGCCUUUAGAUGACUGAGGGUGUACUGCUUAAGGAUGCUGCAGUUGGAUACUGUGGAUUGACAAUUUGAGUUCAUGGACUGAAGGCUUGCAAAAUAUGGUACAGGCUGGAUGGUAGUUAUGUUGCUGUGAAAACUGUAGGGUCAAAGCCUUAUAGCAAAAAAGGAUUAUUAAAUUUUUUAUGA